AUUUCACAAGCAGCUCCAAACGUGACAAUGGCUGACGAAGAUAAUGAGCCUCAAACAUUCGAUGAAGAUUUGGAUGACCUAGAAGAUGAAGAACCUUUAGACGAAGUUGAAAAUGCUGAUGGCCAGCAGGAAAAUAUUGAUGUUCUCCCAGCUGAUGAAGCGACACUUAGGGUAGCCCCAGAAAAACGUAUGACAACACCAUACAUGACAAAAUAUGAGAGAGCACGAACAUUGGGUACUAGAGCUCUUCAAAUAGCUAUGUGUGCUCCUGUUAUGGUUGAGCUGGAAGGAGAAACAGAUCCUCUACAGAUAGCUAUGAAAGAACUUAAGGCACGCAAAGUACCGAUUAUAAUUAGGAGAUAUUUGCCAGAUGGAAGUUUUGAGGAUUGGGGUAUUGAUGAACUGAUAAUCCCAGAAUAUUGACCCUGGCUCAUACCAGAUGUCAUCAAAUUCAUCAUUCCGCCAAACUCUUCACCACUCACAAAGUUUGGCUUCAUUUUCCUGGUACAAGGACAGAUAAACAAAGCAAAAGGGACAAAAGUGUCAAACAAAUCAAUUUUUACUUCAAACAUUCUGUUUCUUUGUUGGCCCAGGAAUGUUCAAUUUAUAUGCAAUUCAAAUAAAUGGUUCGCCUAGGGCUUUAUUUGAUACCACUGUAACAAUAGCAUCUUAUUUCCGAUAUUUUCGUAUUUUGGUGAUUUUUUAUAUCAUGGAUACCUGAAAAUUAAGCGGGGCACCUCGUUAACCCAUAUUACAGUCAGUUGUCUUGACAUAAUCUGUAACUGUAAUCUGUAAUUAUGGUAACUGAGUGUUACUUUAAAAAUAUGAAGGAUACAUAUGCAUGUAUUUCAAUAAAUAUAAAAACGGUAUCAGGAAAAUAUUUACAUUUUCAUCUGUAUAUAUGUCACAUAAUAUUAUAGUAUGUCUUAUAAUAAACUUGAU